UGAAUCCGCCCACCCUUAUUAAUUAUUCAUGAGGCUCAAUCGAGCGCCUCAAGGAGGAAAGUUGUCGCGAGUCCUGACCGAUUCACACCGUCAACAUGGGGCUGAGGGUGCGCGUGCUGCUGCCGCUGCUGCUGCUGUUACAGGGUUGGUGUAUUGAACACUCUCAGGGAUUUAACGUGGGAACGUCAGGAGCCAAAAUUUUCUCGGGCCCAAAAAUCGAUGAGUUUGGAUACACAGUGCAGCAGUUCAGCAAUCACCAAGGAAAAUGGUUAAUGGUGGGGGCUCCGUGGAGAGGCUACACUCAGAACAGGAAAGGAGAUGUGUAUAAAUGUGCGAUUGCAGGACCGACGACGACCUGCGACAAACUCAACCUACAGAAUGGCAUCGACAUAGCAAACGUGAAGAACAUCAACGUAAACAUGAGCCUGGGUCUGACUCUGAUUCGAACCACCAAAAACAGUGGAUUUAUGACAUGCGGUCCUCUCUGGGCUCAGGCUUGUGCUACUCAGUAUUUCUACCCCGGAGUGUGUGCAGAAGUGAGCCCUGUGUUCUCUCCGCUGCCGGCCUUCUCUCCUGCACUGCAAACUUGUGGUGGCCCGAUGGAUAUCGCUAUAGUUCUGGACGGAUCGAACAGUAUUUAUCCAUGGCCUCCUGUCGUGACUUUUCUCGUGAAGCUCUUACAGCACCUUGAAAUCGGACCCCAGCAAUCACAGGUCAGCGUCAUUCAGUAUGGCGUCGAUCCCACGAUGGAGUUCAAGAUGAACACGUACAAAACCAGAGAUUCAAUCGUCAAGGCGGCUUCGGAAAUCCCUCAGAGAGGCGGAACCGAGACCAACACGUUCCGAGCUAUCGAGUACACCAGAGCAAACGCUUUUCUGCCUGCAAACGGAGGACGUCCAGGCGCCAGUAAAGUGAUGGUGGUGGUAACAGACGGAGAGUCACACGAUAACUCGCGGAGAAACACGGUCAUUCCUGCAUGUGAGAAAGACGGAAUCACUCGCUUCGGCAUCGCUGUGCUCGGGUACUACAUAAGGAAUAACAUCGACAGCAAGAAGCUGAUUGAGGAAAUCAAGUCCAUAGCCAGCAGUCCUUCAGAUAAAUAUUACUUCAACGUGUCUGCUGAAGAUGCUCUGCAGGAGAUCGCAGGAACCUUGGGAGAUCGGAUCUUCAACAUCGAAGGCACAGGUACGGGAGGUCAGUUUGAGAUGGAAAUGUCGCAGGUUGGCUUCAGCGCACACCAAACCAAAAAUGAGGACGUGUUGAUGCUGGGGGCCGUCGGGGCGUAUGGAUGGACUGGAACUGUAGUGCAUAAAACUGCCCAGAAAUCAGAGAUUUUCCCCAAAGAAGCUUUUCAGCAAAUCCUUGAAGACAAAAACCACAGUUCACUGCUGGGAUAUUCGGUGACGACCCUGAAUAGCGGUUCCACCGAGUACUUUGUGGCCGGCGCGCCUCGCUCCAACCACACGGGUCAGGUGGUGGUGUACACGCUGAACAAGCAGAGACAACCCGACAUCCGACACUCUCAGAGAGGAGAUCAGAUCGGCUCGUACUUCGGAAGUGUGCUCUGCCCCCUGGACGUGGAUCGUGAUGGUUCGACUGACCUUCUGCUAGUUGGAGCUCCGAUGUACAUGAGUGAGAAGAAAAAGGAGACGGGAAAAGUCUACAUCUUCACCGUUACUGACGGGUUUUUGAGUAGCCAGGGGUUUCUGGAAGGUUCCUCUCCAUUAGAGAACGCUCGAUUCGGGAUGGCCAUCGCCGCCGCUCCUGACCUCAAUCUGGAUGGCUUCAACGACAUGGUGGUCGGAGCGCCGCUGGAGGGGAACGGCCAGGGAGCCGUUUAUAUUUACAACGGAGAUGUAUCGAAGAGCAUCAGGAAGCAGAGCUCACAGAAAAUUCUUGCCAUGAAACUGGACCCGAAGUUGCGGUAUUUCGGACGUUCGUUAGACGCCAGUGAAGAUCUGAAUGGGGACUCGCUCCCGGACGUCUCAGUGGGGAGUUACGGGAACGUGAUUCAGCUCUGGUCCAGAGGAGUGGCGGUGGUGACGGCUCGGGUCACGUUCAUGCCGGACCGGAUCAGCAUCCUGAGUAAAUCGUGUAGUCUCGUUGGACGGAUGGUGUCGUGUUUUAAAGCCAAAGUCUGUUUCAACGCAGAGUUCAGACCAUCGAGCUCAAUCGGACCUGCAGACAUAAAGUACAACAUGACGCUGGACGCUGACCUGCAGUCGUCUCGAGUCGCGUCCAGAGGUCACUUUGCGAACUCGGAGCGUGCGAUCCAGAAGGACGUCAGCGUUUCCACGUCCGAGACGUGUGAGGAACAUCAGGUGUACGUUCAGGACACUCCUGACCUCGUCAACCCCAUCGCCGUCCGAGUCGACGUCGGACUCCAGAAGCCGGACUCCGGUCCCGUCCUGGACGCCUUCAGUAACACCGCCUGGGCCUUUUUCAUCCCGUUUUCUAAAGACUGUGGUGCUGAUGAGAAGUGCUACAGUGACCUGGUGUUGAGCGUCCAGAGAGAACCACCCACUGGCUCGUUGCUGGUGAGUUAUAAGAACAGAAGACUGACGCUGACCGUGACGGUGAUGAACAGAAAGGAAAACGCCUACAACACCAGAGUGACCGCACGCUACUCCAGCAACCUGUUCUACUCCUCCGUGACGCCGCCUAGCGAUGGUACUGAGGUCCAAUGCAUGUCCAGUAAAGACACGGAAAUGGUCACGUGUCAAGUGGGAUAUCCAGCGCUCAGGACUGACCAGUCGGUAACAUUUGAGAUCAAUUUUGACUUUAAUUUGGCACAAUUGCAAAAGGAAGUCAAAGUGUUUUUCGAAGCUCAGAGUGAGAGUGUAGAGGAAUCUGCCGUGGAUAACACCCAGAUGAUGACGAUCCCCAUCCAGUACGGGACAGAGCUCAUCCUCAGCAGAGAAGCCAACGCUUAUGUUUACUUACUCGAUGAAAAGGAUGAAAUUAUAAACCCGAUAAAGACGUACAGUGACAUCGGCCCAGAGCUCGUGUUCACCCUGAAGGUCUCUGGAGCAGCUUUUCCAGUCAGUCUGGUCCACCUCAAUGUCUCACUGCCCAUCAGCACAAAAUCAGGGAAUCAGCUGCUGUAUAUAACAUCAGUCGAGGGAAUGCCGUCAGCCGACGUUCAGUGCGACAGCCAUGCGCUGAUUGACCCGUUGAACAUCAGAGAGACGGAAUACACAGCCAAAUUCACCCCAGAGAGCUUCAGAGGAACCAGUCACCUGGACUGCGACUCGGCCAGGUGUCAGGUGCUGAAGUGUGUGCUGAAAGACCUGAGCGUGAAAAGUGAUUACUAUAUCAAAGUGUCCGCAAGGAUCUGGAACGGAACCUUCGCUAAGGCUGAUUUCCAGUCAGUCAUAUUAAACGUGAACGCUCAGAUCGAGACGUCUCAGCCUGACCUUCUCGUUAUCUCCCACAAACAAGCGACGGUGGAGGUCACUGUGAGUAAACCAAAAGCUAUAGGUGACGUCCCUGUGGGUGUGAUCGUGGGCAGUGUGAUCGGAGGGCUACUCCUGCUGGCUGCUGCAGUCGCGGCGCUGUGGAAGUUCGGCUUCUUUAAGCGUAAAUAUCAGCAGCUGCAGAGGGAAGGAGGCGCUGAAGCAGAAGGACUCCAGGAGAACCCAUGACGAGCAUGAGUUCAGAACUGAUCCAAAAAAAACUGUCUGAUCUCAGAUCAGCUCCAGCCAAAGAUGUAACCCUCAGAGACACAGAGAUCACAUCAGCAGCAGUGAGGAGGAGGAGGAGGAGCUUCAUCACACACCAGCACCAGGAACCGGCUGCCUUCUGCUCCGAAUGGAAAACCGUCUCAAGCCUCAAAGGGACAACAAUCUUGCUGUUGUGGAAAAUCCUCACAUCUGCCGUUUAUCCUCAACAAUGGAGUCUCUGGAUCAGCGUAAGCCACGCGGAAACAGACUUCCUUUCCCUUUUCGGGUUUCAUCUUUAUUUAGAAAUACUGUAAAUAUCAUAGAUAAAGAAAUAUUGUUGAAAAUGAAAAAUGGCUGCACUGAGCUCCUCCCCGAAAGAACUAGUUUUAGUUCUGUUCAGUAUUUUGAUAUUAAUUUGAUCAUUUGUCCUGAAGUCCAGCGCUUUAAAUCUUCUACUACUGAAUCAUUAAUAGUCUAAAUGCUUUUUUGCGAGCUCACGUGCAGCCAGAAAGCGUGGACAACACGUGGAAAGUAACGUCACAUGCAAGUCGAGUGCAAACGUUUUCAUCUCCUUUAAUCGAGACGUGUAUGUUUAUCUUAGUAAAUGCCGUGUGUAAAUGUUUUUCAUCAAACUGAACUGUUAACAUGUAGCCACGCCCACACAACUCCAUAAAAGGUCAAGAGCACUAAUACCGAGUGCAAUCACGUUACCAAGUGCAAGAACAUUUAGCCACGCCCACACAACUCCAUAAAAGGUUGCUUCCAGGAACAUUUUUUUUUAAUAAGGUGCCUUUACUUUUAUUUUAUUCUUUAUUGAACAUUUAGUGAAAUUCGUCUUCUACUCGUCUACUCGAUUGUUUUCCUUCAAUUCAUUAAUACAGAGCGACAGAAUUUGACAAAAUGUUCGUAAAAAAAAAAAAAGAUACACACAUUCCCAAGCGGAAGAUUCGGGACGGUUUUCCGAACAAAGUGGGCUUUCAGGAACACCGCCUUUCUGGUGUAAAUGAUCCUGUGAAGGAUUUUCAGAUAGAUUUAUCCAUACCCAAGGUGAUAAAGGAGUUUCAGAGAGGUACAAUUUAUUUAUUUAGAAAGAAAGAAAGAAAGAAAGAAAGAAAGAAAGAAAGAAAGAAAGAAAGAAAGAAAGAAAGAAAGAAAUAGCAUCAUGUCCCUUUCUAAUGUGAUGUAAGAAAAUAUUACUUGACCCUUGAAAUGUAAUAUCCUUUCAACUGCCUUUUGGAACAAACCUCACUCCUACACACACACACACACACACACACACACACACACCCCAACUUGAUCAGUUUUACAGCUGUAUAAAGGUACAUUAUUCUUUUUUUCCCUACAUAAAACCCAUGCGGUGAUGAAAACCUCUGACCUCGACUUCACGUCCAGCAUUAAAUACAACAUGGGAUUUAAAACUGAGAAUAAAGGUCAUUGUCUGACACUCUGACACGAGAAACUACCAGUAAACAUGGUCAAACUGUUAACCAUUCCGAACGGAGUGUGAGAGUGUGUGUGUGUGUGUGUGUGUGUGUGUGUGUGUGUGUGUGUGUGUGUGUGAAUAGACAGAUCUAUAAAUACACAUGUAAACGCGAUGCUGUGAGAGUUGCAGUAAUGAAUGCGGCGGCGCUUUGACCCUGUUUCCUGUCGGUGUAUCGUGUCCUCCGCUUCGUACGCAGUGCACGAGGGUACAGAGAAAACGUCACGUUUCACACGGAAAUCCUUCAUCAGCUGUGAAAUAGGAAUCUCAAACAAAUAAAUGAUAUGCUUUUGAUAUGUUUAUAUUCCUAAAAGCUGCUUUGUGACUAUCGCAAUUUUUUAAUUCAGAUCAAAUGAAACUGAACUGAAUCGAUUCAUGCUGUAUCUCUAUAUAUAUUUAUAUAACCUGUGUUAAUACUGAAUGAACACAAUCUACACCCGGGGAUUCUGUAAGAGCUUGUCAGUGCUGCGUGGGAGAAAAUAUUACACAGGUUUAGCUCACAGAGGCUUCACUGUGGACUGAUGAUUGAGAGAAAUGAGUCACGAUGGUGUGAUCUUACUCAGUCAUUUAAAAAUAAGAGCUAGUGAAAUGAUUUAGUGAUGUAAAGUCACAAUUUAGUGAUCGUUCACUUAGCAACUGUGACGUGAUGUUGAAUUAGCACACGUGAGGGGGAAAUAAAUCGUGAAAAUGAAUUCGGAGAUUUAAAAUGACGUGUUAUUUUAAAAUGAGCGAUUAUUAACCUGUACAAACAACAAUAAACAAGAUUUUUAAAAAGUCGCCAGUUUUUUAGCACGAUUAAAAUUAAAACAAGUCAAAAUAAGAGAUAUUAACUCGAAAUUACAAAAUUAAAGUCACAACUGAGUGAAAUUAACUCUGAAUUAUAUUAAAAUAAUGAGCAGGUGUGAAAAAAUCAAUCCUAAUUAUUCGUUUUUAUUAAAUCAGAUUAUUUUCAAAAGGCAUAAUUACCAGUGUAAUAUUUUCUACUAAGUGAUAAACACAAGCUUCCAUUAAUAUAACCUCUUUUUUUUGUUAAACACUUAAUUCGUCUCGUUCUCUCUCUCUGCCCCCAUCUCCCUCCCUCUCUCUCUCUCUGCCCCCAUCUCCCUCCCUCUCUCUCUCUCUGCCCCCAUCUCCCUCCCUCUCUCUCUCUGCCCCCAUCUCCCUCCCUCUCUCUCUCUGCCCCCAUCUCCCUCCCUCUCUCUCUCUCUCUGCCCCCAUCUCCCCCCCUCCCUCUCUCUCUCUGCC